AUCAGUUGACACCAAGCGUCUUUCUACGUGCUGCGAGCUAUCAGGCUGAAAUUCCUUCUUCUGAAAAUUAGCCAAUUGAUAUUGUGUGUUUCUAUAUAAAGAUAAAGAUAUGCUGUGAGUUUAUAUAUUAUGCAUUCUUCUUGUUCGACGUUUAUAAACUUUAAUUGUAUAAUUAUAUAGUCUUUUAAUUUGUUUUCAUAUUAAUUCAUGUUUUAAUUGUGAUCCACACUUAAUUCUUCUUAAUUAUCAGAAGCAUGUUUCAGAUGAAGACUUCUCACACUGACCCGGAUACUCAAUUUUCCGGGAAGGAAUCAAAGAUUAGAGAAUUAAGGCUUGAGCCAUUAACGGGACGCAGUUUGAAGUACUGCACUGAUGCUUGUUUAAGGCGAUGUUUGGAGGCUCGAAAUUGGAAUGUUGAGAAAGCCAAGAAAAUGUUGGAGGAAACGCUCAAGUGGAGAUCAAUGUAUAAACCAGAAGAAAUACGGUGGGUAAGCAACUUUGGAGUUGGUGUCACACCCGAGGCUCUAUUUGAUGCUUUGGCUAAAACGCUUACAGUGUGAUGGGAGAAGACAAUCAUAGUUGUGAUGAAUGAAGUCCCUCUUAGCAGUCCCCACCUUCCUAAGUCGGUGAAGGGUGGCACACCUGCUGCCAAUGACAAAGGAUGUGGAAAGUGCUUGGAUUUGAGAGGAAGAGAUUACAAGUUCGCAACUCUAGAUAGUUUCCAUUCGUUCAAAACAAACAGUGAUGACGAGGCAAGUGAAUAUGAUAGUACAAACCACAUCUUGCAAGUGAUCCACUUUGCACUAUCAAUCUCAUAACUACUUAAUCAACCGAUGUGGUACAAGGAUGGGAGAAAGUACAAACCUUUGAUGAGAAUUGCUGAAUCUUGUAUGCGAAGAAGGAAGCAACGAAGAAGGAAGCAGCGGAGUCUGGGAUAGGUGGCUGCGUAUAAGUUUAAGCUUAUACGUAGUAUAUUUUCUAAUUCUUUAUAUCGUUAUUAAAUAUGUAUUUGUUUUUUACUUAUGUGGCGCCACAUCAGACUCUUUAAGUUGUAUUUUAACGGUGUUAAAAUUUUGAGCAUUAAAUUGAGAGAUUCUAAUACUAUAGGUCCCUAAAUGAUAGAGUUUAUCUUUCG